AUGAAGUAAACUAAUCAAGGCUUAGUAUUCUCGCAGUAAGCUCCUCUUUCAGCAAAGGGUGACCAGCAUUUUAGAUUCGAUAUGCCUGGUUCACAUUAGUCAAUGCCUGAAGGAUUCAAUAUCCAAUAGAAUCCUCAGUCAAACAUCGCAUAAUUUGUUCCAUAGAAUUUUAGAAGACAGCCGAUCAAUUCAAAUAUGCAGCCAAUAAAUGCUAUGAAACCUCCUCUAUAGUAGCAUCGUCCUUAGAAUUCAAUUCAACAGAUAUUCAAUCCAUUCUAAUAGCCACCUCAACAAUAAAUUGAAUAACAACAGAUGAGUCAGUAGUAGAACUCAGUAUUCGGAUAGGGGUUCGAAGAAUCGUCAAUAUUCUCAAUUCCUCAUCAUUAAGUCCAGUCUCAGCACUAAUUGCCCUUUUAGCAGCCCAAUUAGCAUCAUUUAAUUCAUUAGCAUUAGCAGCAAUAAAAUUAAUUUAUACCUCAAAAUCAAGCUCAACUCAAUCAAUUUCAAAUGUAUUAGCUUCAACAGUAAUAGCAUCAAUAGUAGCAGCAACAAUUCUUUAAUUCAUAAUAGCAGCAGCAAUUGUAUCAUCAGCAGUAGUAGCAACUUCAUCAUCAACAGCAGAUGUUUAUGCAGUAGUAACAAUAGCAGUAGAUACAUCAAUAACAGCAAUAGAUGCUCCAAAGCCAAGCACCUCUGAUAAAGAAAACAGGGAGUUUUAAAAAAGAGCAAUCAAAUAGUUUCAAGAAGCUCACACCGAUUGACGAAGAUAGCUUAAAUGAAUAAUAACAUCAAGCGCUUCUCAAUCAGUAAAAUCUUGCAGCUAACUACAGCACCAAUCAGCCAUUGCUCUAAAGUCAACAGCUUCAUCAGCAGCAGAAUCUUUCACAAGAUAACUACCAUGCCCAAUAAAAUCUUCAAAAUUCUCAAUCGAUAUUCCAAAAUGAUAGCAUAUUUUGA